AUGGCUAACUCGUCUUUCCUCUCCCGCUUCUCGCUGUCCCGCGACGACUCGCCCGUGCUUCCACUGCACACAAAACCGCUGCGCCACAAGCCAAGCGAGUACGACCUCGAACAGCUCUCACCACGCCCGUCGCAGUCUGUCCUCUUCUCCGCAUCUGAUCCUGAACCACCCGACUUCUUCCCCAGAUCUCCCCCCUCCAAGUCCGGCCCAUCGUCCGUCGCUUUCGCCUACCGGGAUGCUUGCCGAGAUCAGCCGUCCUCAUCGCGGGCUUCAUCCCGCCGGCCGCGCAACUACGACUACGCCGAGGAUCAAACGGCCAGCCGGGCGACGCAACCCCCGCUCUUUGCGGGUCCGCCGCCGCCCAUUGCUACAUCCGUUCUCAUGUUCCGUGAUGUCGAAGGCAGCAGCGGAUCCGCCCUUGAAUACGGUCGGCGCCACGGUGGCGGCAACAGCAGAAACAAACUCAGCGCAGAGACCGCCACAGCGGCGUCUUCCAUUCGGCUUCCAACAAGCACGGUCCUCUUGGAACCUCGACAAACGACAGCCGGGAAUAGGCAGCGCAGACGCGAUGGCACGCAAUUUGACGGCGACUCUACAUGGACAAUACUGCAGCGCCGCGAGCGUGCCCUCCAAAAUGAGAUACAGCACUUCUUGGACGUCCAGUCGUCGGGCCUGUCGGCGGGACUGGGCCGCGGACCGCUAAACCCGCGUCCCAGCCCUGACCCUUCAAGCGGCGGUGGGGGGCGUAGCAGAGGCAGCAGAAGCAACACCAGAAGCAACACGCCUACUGCAGAGUCCAUUGCCGGCCGGUCUCUCCGCCUGCCCACCGAGCGUGCCGCGCCGACCGGUGCCGUCAUACCGGUUCGCCAGCCCAAGCCACGCAAGCUGGGCCUCCGGGCGGCGCGGGCAGGGCUCGCCCGCAGCAUCUCGCUGCUGGCCGACCUCAAGGCGGAAGAGGAUGAGUCGCUUACGAUGGCGCUGCAAGCACGGAAGCGCGCUCUGGCCCAUCUGCGCCGCCUAGCGAGUCGCCGCAGCGACAUUGCACGCGAGCUGCAGUCCUUGGAGACGGACGACGCCGAGCCACUGACGCGCGAGCUUGCCACCUUGCGCAGUGCACAUGCCAGCACCACCCAACAGAUCACUGAGCUCGAGGACCAGCUGACCAUGCUGCGGCAGCGCAAGAGAACAUUGGAGGGACGCAUUGAGGACGCUGUGAACCAGCGUGAGUCCGGGCUCAGCGGCUACCGCGGUGCGCUCAAGGACGUGGACGCACAGCUGACGGCAGUGCUGCGCCGGCCGCCCAUCCAACCGCUCGACAUUGACGCGUUGGGUGCACAUGCUGGGAACAGCGAACGCCCGCAAGAAGGCGGUAUCCGGCUAGAGGAGCGAGACAAUGUGCUUGGCGACGGCGACACCAACGAAGACAUCGAUGCUUCUGCCGGAUUGGAAUUUCUACGCCUUCUCCCCGAGAGACGCACAGCCGAGAUGGCACGUUUUUGGUGGGAGAAUGAGGUCCGGCUUCUGGGGCGACGCAAGGCCGAGGUCGAGUCGGAACGUGCUGCUCUCGAAGAAGGUGGCGCAGUCUGGCAGGAAGCUGUCCAGCUCGUGUCCGACUUUGAGGCCAAUCUGCGCCGGGAAAUGGCGAGCGACAUAGACGAGGAUGAUGUUGGCGCCGAUAAGGGCAAGACAAGAACGCCGACACCGGAAGAGCGCAUGCGAAAACAGCUGCAGACAAUGGCGACGGUGAUCAAGGGCCUGCGUGGCCAUGUGGAGAGAGCGGAGGACAAGGGCUGGAAUCUACUCAUCUGCGCAAUUGGGGCUGAGCUUGAGGCCUUUCAGGAGGCGCGAAAUCUGCUGCGACAGUCGCUGCGCGAUGCUGGCCUUGAUAUUGAGGACGAAGAGGAUGAUGGAGAUCACCAGACCAGCACCGACAAUAGCCAGCUCAUUGCCACUCUUGGCCCAAGCACGACAAAGUCUGCAACGCCGCCGGGGUUCGUCCUGGACGGCCUCGAGGACAGCUCGGCCACGCCCCGGCUGGCCCGCUCUGUAAGCGAUGGAUCGGCUGUGGCAGCAAGAGGUGGCGAUGAUCGCGACGGCUACCAUACGGCGUCGGAGAGCGACGACAACGAUGUUCCGCCGGGGCUGCUUAUUCCGGAAGAGCAUGGGCAGGAUCAUGACGAAGAAUCGAACAGCGCAAACGGAAGCCAGAGCCGCCACAACGACAAGGAUGAUAGCAGCGAGAACGAGAUUCCACCCGAGUUUCUAUCAGAACAUCACCCAGACGAUGAUAACGAGCCAUAG